AUGAUUAUUGGAAAUGGAACAGGAAUUGAUUUUUGGUGUGACAAUUGGUCUGCUUUAGGCCCGUUGAUUUUGAAAGUACAAGAGCAGCCACAGAAUUUUCCAAAGCUAAGAGUUGUGUAUUCUAAUGGUCGACGGGAUUUUUCAUUAUGUCCAGAGUUGAGUGAGCAG